CUUGAAGCUGGGCACUGUGGACUGAACUAGUGACACAUUCUACCCGCCUCCUGUUGUUAAGGAGCCAAGGUCAUGGUUGAAGUCCAAGGAAAUCCUGUGAAGCGUUUCGUAGUGAAGCAGUUCCUGCCAUUGGGGUUUUGUGUUGCGGUUGUGUUCGCCUUAUUGUUUCCAAUACCGGGGAAUGUCCUCUACCAGUAUAAGGUGAACGGAUGGAAGCUCGUGACCACGGUGAACAUGGCUCUCAUUUUCUUUAUAUUUGGCAUUACGCUGGAGACGACAGAGCUCAAGGAAGCUAUGAAGGGAUACAAGGUGCUCUUGCUGGCGAUCGUGACGAUUCUCUUCCUUACUGGCUUAACGGGAUUCAUCUUCAUUAACAUGGACUUCAAGCCGAUGGAGUUUGGUUAUGGUCUAGCAAUUUUUGCAUGUGUGCCGACAUCACUGUCUUCAGGCGUCGCACUGGUUAUCCAAGGCUAUGGCAACGCAGCGCUUGCGCUAUUAAUGACCGUUUGCACGAACAUUUUGGGAAUUUUCAUAUCUCCGCUAGUGGUAAAGCUCAUUCUUUCAUCGGCGAUUAAAGACAUCAAGGUUGAUGCAGUUGAUCUGGUGAUCAAGCUCGGGGUAUCAAUCAUUAUUCCUCUCUUAGUGGGGAAGAGUGUCCGAGAGCUGUGGGCGCCUGCUUUGAGAUUUGCAAAGAAGUACAAGGUUCCGUUAUACCUGGUGAAUCAGUUUCAAAUCGUCAUGAUUGUGUGGCAGACCCUUAGCCAUUCUCAGCAUGAGCUACUCAAGCAGAAACUGUACGAUGUCGUCUUUGCGAUCAUGGGGGCAAUCGGUCAGCACUUCUUCUUCCUGUUGCUGGCCAUCCUGAUUGCAUGGGUUGUGCCAAUCGUGGGCAUGCGCAUGCAGGAUGGUGAACGAAAAGCGUUUAUCAUUAUGUGUUCCCAGAAAUCGCUGCCUACGGCUGCCGUCAUCAUCAGCUAUUUACCGUCUGGGCCUGGAGAUAGCUUCCAGCAUGUUGAAGGGGAUGAUGUCGCGACAGGUUCGCAGGGCCUUGGCGACCUUGGCCUUGUGGCGAUCCCUUGCAUCGUGUUCUAUGUCAUGCAAGUUUUUGUUGAUGCAUUCUUAGCCAAUGGCUGGGCGAGUAAAUAUGAGAAGGGUCAGGCGCUGCAGAGCAAAUACGCUGAUCAGCUGGCUCAGUUGGAGAAGUUGGAGCCACACGCUCCAUCCUUGAUUGCUUCGACGGUAAUUGAAGAGGAGCUUAACGCUUAUGGGGCAGGAGCCGGUGCAGCUCCUGACACUGAGCUACGGUUUGAUGUGGCGGAAGUUACUGACAAGGCUCGACUGUUGGGGGGUAUUGUAGAGCAGAGCGACCACUUGGGGGUCUCUGGACAGAAUCAAGCACGGUAGAUGCUGUAUGUCGUAGUGUUCUAUUGGCUACACUUACAAGAUCCAUAUGGGGAUGUUUUGUAAGACCAUAUGACAUGGAAGUGUGCAAGUUCUCCAGCAUGCCGUGGCCUAUCGAAUUACACUGCAGUAGGGUAGGGGGAGUACGGGGUUAUGCACUGUGACUGUUGAUAUGCUUGUUUGCGUCGUCGUCAUGGAUGAUACCGUAUCAUGUGCAUUGUUGCGUUGGCGGUCGAUAUGUGACUUAGCAUGGAGAUGUGAGUAGUAUGCAGGGCAUCCUUCACCACCAUUACCACUUUUACGUGACAGUCUCAGCCGAGAAGGUUGGUUUUGCCAUCCUAGAACCCGUGUCAUCCAUUCGACAAGGCAUCUUAAAAAACAGUCACCAUCAACUAAAUGAAAUGUCAGUCCAUUAGCCUUC